GGUCGACAUGUUAAAACAGGUCAACUGGCAGCCAUCAAAGUUAUGGAUGUCACUGAGGAUGAAGAGGAAGAAAUCAAACUGGAGAUAAAUAUGCUGAAGAAAUAUUCUCACCAUAGAAAUAUUGCAACGUAUUACGGUGCUUUCAUUAAAAAGAGCCCCCCAGGACAUGAUGACCAGCUGUGGCUCGUCAUGGAGUUCUGCGGGGCCGGGUCCAUCACUGAUCUCGUGAAGAACACCAAGGGCAACGCGCUCAAGGAGGACUGGAUCGCCUACAUCUCCAGGGAGAUCCUAAGGGGCCUGGCACAUCUCCAUAUCCAUCACGUGAUUCACCGGGACAUCAAGGGCCAGAAUGUGCUGCUGACGGAGAACGCAGAGGUGAAACUUGUCGAUUUUGGGGUGAGUGCUCAGCUGGACAGGACUGUCGGGAGGAGAAACACGUUCAUUGGGACCCCCUACUGGAUGGCUCCCGAGGUCAUCGCCUGCGACGAGAACCCGGAUGCCACCUACGAUUACAGAAGUGACCUGUGGUCUUGUGGCAUCACCGCCAUCGAGAUGGCAGAAGGCGCUCCCCCUCUCUGUGACAUGCAUCCAAUGAGGGCACUGUUUCUCAUCCCCAGAAACCCUCCUCCCCGGCUGAAGUCCAAAAAAUGGUCAAAGAAGUUUUUUAGUUUUAUAGAAGGGUGUCUGGUGAAGAAUUACCUGCAGCGGCCCUCCACUGAGCAGCUUUUGAAACAUCCUUUCAUAAGGGACCAGCCGAAUGAAAGGCAAGUUAGAAUCCAGCUUAAGGACCACAUAGACCGGACCAGAAAGAAGAGGGGAGAGAAAGAUGAGACUGAGUACGAGUACAGCGGGAGUGAGGAGGAGGAGGAGGAGGUGCCGGAGCAGGAGGGGGAGCCCAGCUCCAUCGUCAACGUGCCCGGCGAGUCCACGCUCCGUCGGGACUUCCUGCGGCUGCAGCAGGAGAACAAGGAGCGCUCGGAGGCCCUGCGGAGGCAGCAGCUCCUGCAGGAGCAGCAGCUCCGGGAGCAGGAGGAGUACAAGCGGCAGCUGCUGGCCGAGAGGCAGAAGCGCAUCGAGCAGCAGAAGGAGCAGAGGCGGCGGCUGGAGGAGCAACAAAGGAGAGAGCGGGAGGCCCGGCGGCAGCAGGACCGAGAGCAGCGGCGGCGAGAGCAGGAGGAGAAGAGGCGUCUGGAGGAUGCGGAGCGGAGACGGGCCGAGGAGGAGAAGCGGAGGGUGGAGAGAGAGCAGGAGUAUAUCCGGCGGCAGCUGGAAGAGGAGCAGCGGCACCUGGAACUCCUUCAGCAGCAGCUGCUCCAGGAGCAGGCCGUGCUACUGGUAACGCCCCGCGCGCGUCCCGGGCUGCAGCGGGGGGUCCCCGAGCAGGGUGUGGCCAUGCCGACCACCAGAGCACCGUGGGCAGCGGGCUCACGGGGAGACGUCCCCGUGGCCCACCACGAGCCGGCCGAGCGGGCCCGGGAGGUACAGUGGUCCCACCUGGCGUCUCUCAAGAACAAUGUUUCCCCUGUCUCGCGAUCCCAUUCCUUCAGUGACCCUUCUCCUCCCAAAUUUGCACACCACCAUCUUCGCUCUCAGGACCCAUGUCCACCUUCCCGCAGUGAGGUGCUCAGUCAGAGUUCUGACUCUAAGUCGGAGGUACCUGAGCCCACCCAAAAGGCUUGGUCUAGAUCAGACAGUGACGAGGUGCCUCCAAGGGUCCCUGUGAGAACAACGUCUCGGUCCCCUGUCCUGUCCCGUCGGGACUCGCCGCUGCAGGGCAGUGGGCAGCAGAACAGCCAGGCAGGUCAAAGGAACUCCACCAGCAGCAUCGAGCCCCGGCUGCUGUGGGAGAGAGUGGAGAAGCUGGUGCCCAGGCCCGGCAGCGGCAGCUCCUCGGGGUCCAGCAACUCAGGAUCCCAGCCCGGCUCCCACCCCGGGUCCCAGAGCGGCUCCGGGGAGCGCUUCAGAGUGAGAUCAUCAUCCAAAUCUGAGGGCUCUCCAUCUCAGCGCCUUGAAAAUGCAGCAAAAAAGCCUGAAGACAAAAAAGAAGUUUUCAGGCCUCUCAAGCCUGCUGGCGAAGUGGAUCUGACAGCACUGGCCAAAGAGCUGCGGGCAGUGGAAGACGUGCGGCCACCACACAAGGUGACAGACUACUCCUCCUCCAGCGAGGAGUCGGGGACGACGGAUGAGGAGGACGACGACGUGGAGCAGGAGGGCGUGGAGGAGCCGGGCUCCGGACCGGAGGACCCCCGAGCAGCGUCAUCUCUGAAUUUGAGCAACGGGGAAACGGAGUCCGUGAAAACCAUGAUUGUCCACGACGACGUGGAAAGCGAACCAGCCAUGACCCCGUCCAAGGAGGGCACCCUGAUCGUCCGCCAGAGUACAGUUGACCAAAAGCGCGCCAGCCAUCAUGAGAGCAAUGGCUUUGCCGGUCGCAUUCACCUCUUGCCAGAUCUCUUACAGCAAAGCCAUUCCUCCUCCACUUCCUCCACCUCCUCCUCCCCAUCCUCCAGCCAGCCGACACCCACCAUGUCCCCACAGACACCCCAGGACAAGCUCACUACUAAUGAGACUCAGUCCGCUAGUAGCACACUCCAGAAACACAAAUCUUCCUCCUCCUUUACACCUUUUAUAGACCCCAGAUUACUACAGAUUUCUCCAUCGAGUGGGACUACAGUGACCUCUGUGGUGGGAUUUUCCUGUGAUGGAAUGAGACCAGAGGCCAUAAGGCAAGAUCCUACCCGGAAGGGCUCAGUGGUCAAUGUGAACCCCACCAACACUAGGCCACAGAGCGACACCCCGGAGAUCCGCAAGUACAAGAAGAGAUUUAACUCCGAGAUUCUCUGUGCUGCCCUGUGGGGAGUGAAUUUGUUGGUGGGUACAGAGAGUGGCCUGAUGCUGCUGGACAGAAGUGGCCAAGGGAAGGUGUAUCCUCUGAUCAACAGAAGACGAUUUCAACAGAUGGACGUCCUGGAAGGCUUGAAUGUCUUGGUGACAAUAUCUGGCAAAAAGGAUAAGUUGCGUGUCUACUAUUUGUCCUGGUUAAGAAAUAAAAUACUUCACAACGACCCGGAAGUCGAGAAGAAGCAGGGCUGGACAACCGUGGGGGAUUUGGAAGGAUGUGUGCACUAUAAAGUUGUAAAAUACGAAAGAAUCAAGUUUCUGGUAAUUGCUCUGAAGAGUUCUGUGGAAGUGUAUGCGUGGGCACCCAAGCCAUACCACAAAUUUAUGGCCUUUAAGUCGUUCGGAGAGCUGGUGCAUAAGCCAUUGCUGGUGGAUCUCACUGUGGAGGAAGGCCAGAGGCUGAAAGUGAUCUACGGGUCCUGUGCAGGGUUCCAUGCUGUGGAUGUGGACUCGGGCUCGGUCUAUGACAUUUAUCUACCAACACACAUCCAGUGCAGCAUCAAACCCCACGCGAUCAUCAUCCUCCCCAACACGGACGGCAUGGAGCUCCUGGUGUGCUACGAGGACGAGGGGGUGUACGUGAACACCUAUGGGAGGAUCACCAAGGACGUGGUCCUGCAGUGGGGCGAGAUGCCCACGUCCGUGGCAUACAUUCGAUCCAACCAGACAAUGGGCUGGGGAGAAAAGGCCAUAGAGAUCCGGUCUGUGGAAACUGGCCACUUGGACGGCGUGUUCAUGCAUAAAAGGGCUCAGAGGCUGAAGUUCUUGUGUGAGCGCAAUGACAAGGUGUUCUUCGCCUCCGUCCGGUCCGGGGGCAGCAGCCAGGUUUACUUCAUGACGCUGGGCAGGACCUCUCUUCUGAGCUGGUAGCAGCGGGGCGAGGAGGGCUGCACCGGAGUCUUUGAGAUGGAGAACUUGGAAUUCCUUGCAACUGGAGCUCGGAGCUGCCCGGCUGCCCGGGACGGCGUGUGCACGGACCCCGCCUGGGGGUCUCCCGCCCGCCCACUCGCUCUUACCAGUUUCUCCCUGUUCUCUUCUUUUCCUUUUCAAAAUAAAUCAAGGCUGCAAUGCAGCUGGUGCUGUUGAGACUCACCGUUAGGUGCUAUCAGUGUUGGGAUCGAGCAUCAGACAGAACGCAAACGCCUUUCCUUCAGCUCCAGAAUUCCUUGUCUCGGUGACUCUGUCUUGGGUGAUGCAGGUGGAGACGUGAACAUGCCGGUGGGAGGUUGGCAGGGGGCACAGGAGGUGUUAGGGUGCUCUGACGAGCAGUCUGCGGAAGCCGCGAGCAGAUCUAAUAUAGUAACAGUAACAAUGUAUUUAAUUGACAUUUCUUUUUUGUAAUGUGACGAUAUGUGGACAGAGAAGAGGGUGCAGGUUAAAGAAGUUACUAUUUAUAAAAUGUGAAAGACACAGUUACUAGGAGGACUUUUUUGUGGGUGGGGCUUGGGAGGCGGGGUGGGCGGGUUAGGGUCCCAUUUUCUCGGGAAUUUUUUUUUUGGCCAAGAACUGAGUUUUUCUGUGUACCAAGUUUUGCCUAAAUCGUGCAGAUGAUUCUUUUAAAAAAACAAAAAAAAAAGGAAAAAGAAAGGGUGUGCAUUUGUGUCAUGGCCAGAACCUUGUUGUGUGACAGUAUUAGCACUGCCUCAGUCAAAGGUUUAAUUUCUGUUUAAACCUAGAAGUGUAGCAGCAGUUUCACCACAGUCUGCACUUGCGGAGGGAAAAAAUUUUUUCAACCACUUUUUUUUUUUUUUGCCUACCUCAUUGUUUUUAAUGCAGUAAGAGGUGGUUUUGUUUUUACGUUUUGGGAGGAAAACGUUAAUUUAAUCUUAAUACCAAAACUAUCUAAUUGAAGUUGGACUGUUAAUCUCGUCCCAGGUCUCAGUAGGCACCAGAGACAUUGUCCCUGAAGAUGGGAAACAGCCCUCAGGCUUGUCGUGCUGCGGCGGGCGUCUGCUUUCCGAGUUGAGAGCAGGUGCUCGGUUCCCGCCGGGCUCACCUGCAGUGGUUGCCGGGCGGCCCGGCCCCCAGCACGGGGGCCUGACUGUUCCCAGCCCGGGGCUUGCAGACAGGUGGUCACGUGGGGCAGCCCCGCAAGCUGUCACCAGUGUUGCAGGAACCUUUCCUUGGGGCGGGGAGAUCCCCUUUUCUAAAAAACGCAAUGCACUAAAACUAUUUUAAGAAUGUAGUUAAUACUGCUCAUUCGUGAGGUAGCAUCUCCCUGUGUUUGGGUGUGACAUCGGAGCCCUGGCUUUCCUCGUUCUCUCCCUUGCUUUCUUGUUCUCUCUCUGUUUUUUAAACCAGUUUUACUUUUUGAGUAUGUUCAUGACAUUUGUAAUAAAUGUCUUGGGAAAUAAUUGGCUUCAUGGCUCCUGGUCCAUCUGUUUCCUCUGAGGGCGUCCAUCUCAGUGGAGGAGCCGGGCUCUGCCGUCCGCCUUUCCUCGCGGUGAGUUCCGGUGGAAAUGUUGUUUGCCGAACAAGAGUGUGGGGUUUCCUAGGCAUAAUCCUCCUCCGUGGCAGGUUUUCUUCUAUAACAUGAAAGUGGAGGUUGCCUCCCCCCAGAAAUGCAACAGUCCCUUGCACCUGUUGGCUGUGGCUUGGCCCAGUGCUCUCGGCCCAUUUUGACCCAUCUUUCUCGUCCUCCUGGGUCAGCAUUUUUGCCAAAGGCUCUCCUUGCAGUCACAGAAACUAGUGCCAAGUACAUCCACUCACGGCUGCAGAAGCAGCAGCGGGUUGCUCGGCCCCCCCCCCCCCCCGGGGGGGGGGACGGGCCCGCUGAGAAAGCCCUCCUCCGUUUUGGAAGGACAAGGCGGUGGAAAUGGUUUUCCUGUCUGUGUAACUUUGGAAGUGGCACGGAUGUCCCAAGCAGAAAGAGCUAGUUCUUUUCUACUCAUUUGUACUUAACGUAGAGAAGGUUGGGGAGUUCAUUGCACCCUCGGCAGGGACUUCUGAGAUAGGCCAGACUCUUUGUAAAAAUACUCAACUUCUGAUACCAACGUGGCAGAACUGGAAAGGGUGAGGUCUGAACUGUCCGUGGACUUGAAGCUCGGUGUCUGCCCGUCAGGCUGUGACACAGACCAGGCGAGUGGUGCUCGGCUGGAGGUUCUGGGUCCUCGGGGUGGCCGCCCUUCCAGGUCAAAGCCGUCCUUCCUGGCGCUGUGUUGGCAGUGGGGUUGAACGUAAUGGAACCCGUCACUCGGCUCCCCUGCCUGAGGUCAGAUGGCUCGUCCUGCUGGGGUGGCUUCCUGGGCCGCAGUGUCCCCCUCGGCCCCACAGCCCGGGAAGCCCGAUUGCGUUGCUCUGGCUGGAAGCCGGCACGCAGUUAGGUUUCCCCACGGAGGGCUGUGAGCUGUUGCGGUUUCAUUUUUCUAGAGAAAGGGAUGGUUGGUUUUUUUUUCCCCCUCUAACAGGGUAGUGACUUCACAGAAGUGCCAGGAUGGCAAAAUUACAAAAGAAAAGUAUUAUGAUGACAUCAUUAAAUACGGAGCAUUGAAGGCCAUUCCAGCAGUGCCCUUCAAAGCAGAACCCCAGGGCACCCCUGGGUUCAGUCAGAGCUUUGGUAAUUGGUAUCUUUCUGUAUUUAAGUCAGAGUCUCUCUGUAUCGAGUGCAGCGUUUUUGCUUUUUCUCACGCACAUGUUACGUCAAAGAAAAUGUUUACAAAAAAUGGUUGUUACACUAACGUGCAUUACCUAUUUAUGGUUUAUUUUUAAGUGACUUUUUAUGGGUCAUUUAGGUUGUUGUCUUAGUGGUAGUCCACUUACGGUCAUUGAUAAUCCCUAAUUUUGCCAGUUACGAAUUUGCUGAACAGUCAUGCAGAUGACAAGCCGCACUGAGCUCACUAACCAGGGCUGCAGGGCAGACUGGCGGCAAGAAGCCCCGUAGCCGCCUCUCCCCAGCGCUCCCUUGCCCUCUGUGUGUUGUGAAAAUUACUGUUGUCCCUCUUCUCCCCAUGUCUCUCCUUAAAUAAAGUAAAAAUGACACCUA